AUGGACCUGGCUUUUUCACAGAGGAUGACUGUAGUGGACGGGCAAGUCAUGGAGCAUUACACUCCGAUUUCCCUGCCCUAUUUUACUGUCGAAGAGGAAGGUGCCGGAACUUCGGACGGAGCUGCCCAGGCGAAAACCAGGCCAAAGCUUGUCCACAUUGAUGAAGCAAACUCCAAGGCUGCAAAGAAGCUAGUGGGCUCACAUGAGGAGCUACUGGAAGACAGCUACUUUCUGAUGCAGCUGCCAUGUGUACUUCCAGAAAUGCGCAACCCAGACGACGAAGUCUUCCGGGAGCAGGAAGAUGCCCUGUCAGCAGGCUCAGGCUCGACCAUUACUAGACUUCCAGAUGGCAAACUCGGCAAGCUCAGAAUCUACAAGUCUGGGAAGGUCCGAAUGGAGAUUGGUGGUGUCUCCUUUUGUGUUGAUCAAGGCUGUGAGACCUUCUUCCAGCAGGACCUGGCUUUGGUUUGCCCUCUUGCUGGUGAAUUCUUCAACCUGGGGCACAUCAACACGAGGAUGGUGCUGACGCCUGACCUAGACUCCAUUCUGAAAGAUUUGCCUGAGCAAAUGCCGGUGGAUGAGGCCUGCUCCCAAGUUGCAAGUCUAGGAGCAUCUAGUAGCAUCCCAAGCGUUGCAACCGUGUGA